AUGUCGAGCAUCUCUCGUUCAUUGAACCUCCUGGCGCGCUCCAGCCGGUCGUCCCUGCUGCGCCCGAGUGCUGUCAAUCCCGUCCACCAUGUCUUUGCCAGCAACAAGAUGGCUGCCCGCGGGCUGGCGACUGCCUUUGAGCGUACCAAGCCCCAUGUGAACAUUGGUAAGAUGGGAUCUCACGUGCAAUUUGUUGGUUUCAAUGCUGAUCUCUCCCUUCUAGGUACCAUUGGUCACGUCGAUCACGGCAAGACUACCCUGACUGCUGCGAUCACCAAGCACCAGGCCUCCAAGGGUCUGGCCAGCUUCCUCGAUUACAACGCCAUUGACAAGGCUCCUGAGGAGCGCAAGCGUGGUAUCACCAUCUCGUCCGCCCACAUCGAGUUCCAGACCAACGACCGCCACUAUGCCCACGUCGACUGCCCUGGUCACGCCGAUUACAUUAAGAACAUGAUUACUGGUGCUGCGAACAUGGACGGUGCCAUUGUCGUCGUUGCUGCUUCGGAUGGUCAGAUGCCUCAGACCCGUGAGCACUUGCUGCUUGCCCGUCAGGUCGGUGUCCAGAAGAUUGUCGUGUUCGUCAACAAGGUUGAUGCCGUCGAGGACCCGGAGAUGCUGGAGCUCGUCGAGCUGGAGAUGCGUGAGUUGCUCUCGACCUACGGAUUCGAGGGCGAGGAGACCCCCAUUGUUUUCGGCUCUGCCCUCUGCGCCCUGGAGCAGCGCCGCCCUGAGAUCGGUGCCGAGAAGAUUGACGAGCUGAUGAACGCCGUCGACACCUGGAUCCCCACCCCCGAGCGUGACAUGGACAAGCCCUUCCUCAUGUCCAUUGAAGAGGUUUUCUCCAUCCCCGGUCGUGGUACCGUGGUCUCUGGCCGUGUCGAGCGUGGUCUCCUCAAGAAGGAUACCGAGGUUGAGAUUGUCGGUGGAUCCACCGCCCCCAUCAAGACCAAGGUCACCGACAUUGAGACCUUCAAGAAGACCUGUGACGAGUCGCGUGCCGGUGACAACUCGGGUCUCCUGCUCCGUGGUAUCCGCCGCGAGGACAUCCGCCGCGGCAUGGUUGUUGCCGCUCCUGGAUCCACUAAGGCCACCAACAAGUUCCUGGUGUCCAUGUACGUCCUGACUGAGGCUGAGGGUGGUCGCCGUACUGGUUUCGGCCACAACUACCGCCCCCAGGUCUACCUCCGCACUGCUGACGAGCCUGGUGACCUCACCUUCCCCGACGGCGACGCCUCCCGCCGUGUCCAGCCCGGUGACAACGUCGAGAUGAUCCUCGAGACCCACCGCCCUGUCGCUGCCGAAGCCGGUCAGCGCUUCAACAUCCGUGAGGGUGGUCGCACCGUCGCUACCGGUCUGGUCACCCGCGUCAUGACCUAA